ACGAUCUUGUGCGCUCGAAUCUGUCGAACGCAAAUCGUUGAACGAAGAGGAUCUAUUUCAUAGUUUAUCAUCAAUUUCCUAAAAUGGAUACUAGAGUUGCACUUUUUGUCGUUGCUCUUUCGCAAAUUGUAUCAGGAGUAAAACCUGGCAAGCCAACUCUUACUGUCAGCCCCGAUCCCGCUACCGUGGAUGCUGGCAUAACUGUGACAUUUACCUGCGCGAAAAAUUCCGCUGAUUCCGCGGACCCAACAUCAUGGGCAUUCAAGAUAGGCAGCACACCACAAACUACCGGUGUAGCUGGUGCAAUUUUCACCUAUGUUGCUGUGGUGGGUGACAACUCAAAGUCCGUCACAUGCACAUCGAGCGAUAGUGGUAAUACAGCUUCGGAUCCAUCUGAUGGCAAAACCCUCGGAAUUACUGCUGUUCCCGCACCAACCCUUACCAGUGAUAUCGCCGAGACCAAUACGAAGGUUAGGGUGAUAAAUGGCUCCCCCGUUAAAUUUACAUGUACCAAGGCUGGCACCGCUAAGCAGAACCCAGUCAGUUUCAAGUUCUACUCUACGUCCGGGGGAACGACUACCGAAAUAACGAGUAGCACAGCCGGCGCAGCUAUCGCGGCAGGACCGCCAGCAGUGCUCACUGUGACAGCAUCUUCCACCUGGGACGGGAAGGUAAUCAAAUGUGAGCACUACAACACUGCAACGAGCAAAACGGAUUCGACUAAGACAUUUACACUGGCAAUAUCACCUCGCAAGCCAACUCUUACUGUCAACCCCAAUCCCGCUACCGUGGAUGCUGGCAUAACUGUGAAAUUUACCUGCGCGAAAAAUCCCGCUGAUAGCAACCCAACAUCAUGGGCAUUCAAGAUAGGCACCGCAGUACAAACUACCGGUGUAGCUGGUGCCACGUUCGACUAUGUUACUGUGGUGGGUGACAACUCAAAGUCCGUCACAUGCACAGCGAGCUAUGGUAGUACACCUUCGGAUCCAUCUGAUGGCAAAACCCUCGGAAUUACUGCUGUUCCCGCACCAACCCUUACCAGUGAUAUCGUCGAGACCAAUACGAAGGUUAGGGUGAUAAAUGGCUCCCCCGUCAAAUUUACAUGUACCAAGGCUGGCACCGCUAAGCAGAACCCAGUCAGUUUCAAGUUCUACUCUACGUCCGGGGGAACGACGACCGAAAUAACGAGUAGCACAGCCGGCGCAGCUAUCGCGGCAGGACCGCCAGCAGUGCUCACUGUGACAGCAUCUUCCACCUGGGACGGGAAGGUAAUCAAAUGUGAGCACUACAACACUGCAACGAGCAAAACGGAUUCGACUAAGACAUUUACACUGGCAAUAUCACCUCGCAAGCCAACUCUUACCGUCAACCCCAAUCCCGCUACCGUGGAUGCUGGCAUAACUGUGACAUUUACCUGCGCGAAAAAUCCCGCUGAUAGCAACCCAACAUCAUGGGCAUUCAAGAUAGACACCGCAGUACAAACUACCGGUGUAGCUGGUGCCACGUUCGACUAUGUUGCUGUGUUGGGUGACAACUCAAAGUCCGUCACAUGCACAGCGAGCUAUGGUAGUACACCUUCGGAUCCAUCUGAUGGCAAAACCCUCGGAAUUACUGCUGUAUCCGCACCGACCCUUACGUGUGAUAUCACUGAAUCCAAUGGCAUGGUUACCGUGAAGAAUGGAUUCAGCGUCAAUUUUACAUGUACCAAGGCUGGCACCGCUAAGCAGAACCCAGUCAGUUUCAAGUUCUACUCUACGGGCACCGAGAUAAUGGAUAGCAUGACCGGCGCAGCUAUCGCGGCAGGACCGCCAGCAGUGCUCACUGUGACAGCAUCCUCCGCCUGGGAUAAGAAGAUAAUCAAAUGUAAUCAUUACAAUGCUGAUGCGACUGGUAGCAAAAAGGAUUCGACGAAUACAUUUACACUGGCUGUCACAAUGGUCCCGAAUCCGCCGACUAUUUCGUUCACCAACAACCUCGUGGAUGGCGAUGUGCUGAAUUUAACUUGCGCCAUUGUCGGAAAAAUCGUGGUGACUAAAUUCGAAUUGUAUGAAAGCGGCAAAAAGCUGACAACUGGUAUAACAUCAUCAACAGGCUCACUGAUGGACAGAUAUUCCGCAAAAGUGUCAAAAGGUACACACAAUGGAACAAUCUACAAAUGCCGGGCAGAAAAUAGUGAUGGAUUUAGUAAGAAUUCGACAGAGAAGACCCUGAACGUGAAGGCAGGAGGCGGUGCAGCAAUAGUUUCCUCGGCGACAGUGGCCCUCGUUCUGGUUCUAGGCGCAGUCUUCAAGGAGUAGUCACGAAAAAGAAAACACAGUACGGAGGAUAUCGAAAGUGUCACACUUCGGACGGAGUACUUUCUAUACAUCAUCGAGUGACCGGGGCCACAAAAAAACGAGUGCACAAGUUGUCGAAGUGAGUGAGUGAGUGAGUGAGUGAGUGAGUGAGUGAGUGAGUGAGUGAGUGAGUGAGUGAGUGAGUGAGUGAGUGAGUGAGUGAGUGAGUGAGUGAGUGAGUGAGUGGAGCGAGGG